AUGCGUGCAUUAGAAGGCAAGGUUGUAAGCAAGCUUGUUUUCGACGCUCGAUCUAUGGCGGAGGCUAUCGCGAUCCGAUUGAAUAACCUUGUGCGCUCAGAAAUGUGUAGUGAGGUUGCUGUGGACAAUCUUUCCGUCCCCUCCAACUGUGCUACCGAAUCGACCGGCAGCCUGGUCUUCGAUGUGAUUCGUGACCGACAACAGUUUGCGGCUAUGGUUUGUCCCCAAUCCGAUUCCGAUCAGGAUUCGAUCUACGGCUCAAGGUACACGCUAACACCAGGAGUACCGGCCAUGAGCAAUGUCGUGCAAAGCUAUAUUGCUGCGUUAGAACUAGCUGAGUUGGAAAGUCGAUUGAUUGAUUUAGCAUCCACAUCCAUUGAGGAGUGGUAUUCUGUCGAUCGUCAAUUUUUCUUCCACUCAAUUGUCAUUGUCAACAGCACCAAUGAAUUUCAGUUAGACGAGGUGGAGCGGAGUCCGAUAAGUUGUGUAUCACUGGCCAGAUUCUGGAAGCCAAAGAACUAUUGCCGUGUUGGUGCAGAUAUGUUCUACAUGCCAUACUCAGGUGAAAUUAUGAAGCAUUCUUAG